UAAUGAGCGGUUAUCCUGAGUUGAGAAGAACUAAGAGUUGACCAAAGUUACCUCGCUAACUCCUCAAACCUGAGGAGCGUAAGUAUGACGUCAAUUACAAAUGGUUCAUGAACGCGCACGCUUUAGCGUAUGUGCACGUUCGACGUUUUUGUUGCUGUUGAAUUGUACUGCGGUUGCGCGCGGCACAAUGUUGUUACGGUUGGUGACGCGAUUUGUAAAGAAAMAGAAGGGUGGAGAAAAUAUAAAAAGAGAGAUGGAGGAGAGCCUUACAUUUACCCUCCACUUAAGCACAUUUUCUUAGGUUAAAAGCUAACCUACGCGCGUAGCUAUAGUUUUAGUUUUGGAAGCCGGAGGGGAAACCAACGUUAGCUAGUCAACAUCACCCUAUGUGAUCUUCCUUCCCCGCCGCAUGCUGUUACGGUCAGAGCCAGACAACAAAAUAGCUAAUCGCCAUUAUAUGACCCAGUACCUAGCGUCAUUAUUACCCUCCAUGUGGGUGAGGGACUUGUGUGUGUCAGAUUAUGGCGAGAAAAACAGUUAACAGGAAAAGGAAGGCAGGGGAGUCCAAGGACCAACAACAGGUGGGCUGGUGCCAGUCUGCGUGCAAGCGGACACGCGUGUCUUCCUCGUCCCGGCACGCCCAGCAGUGGUGGCGUAGUCUGCGCUCGGUGGUGUACGCACUCCAGGGCCGGGAGAUCCGGCCUCAGCAGCAGCAUGAGUGGCGUCUCCAGCGUAGCUUGCGGGGCUUUGCUGCCGGCCGCCUCCCGGGCAUCCUGAAGGAGCGAGAGUUCUCCCUGGGCCGCCUCAACAAGGUGUUCGCCUCGCAGUGGCUCAACCACCGCCAGGUGGUGUGUGGAACCAAGUGCAAUACGCUAUUUGUGGCAGAUGUUCUGACAGGGCAGAUUACACGCAUCCCCAUGCUGAAGGACCGGCAGGGCCGAGGAGGUGGCUCCGGGGGUGUUGGGGGGACAAUAGGGGCCCCCUUCCUCGGAAGUGGCUCAGUGUCCGGGCUGGAUCAGCAAGGCUGUGGGAUCCACGCCAUCGAGCUUAACCCCUCAGGCACUCUGCUGGCCACGGGUGGAGACAACCCCAACAGCCUGGCUGUCUACCGGCUGCCCACCCUGGACCCKGUCUGCGUGGGAGAUGAUGGCCAUAAUGACUGGAUCUUCUCCAUUGCAUGGAUUAGCGACAGCAUGGCGGUGUCUGGGUCCCGGGACGGUUCCAUGGGACUUUGGGAGGUGUCCGAAGAGGUGCUGAGCCAGGCUAUGAGACAGCAGGAUGAGGAGGGGGUCCCCUGCUACUCUCAUAUCUCACACCGUGCCCUGGAGGACAUCCCCAAGGAAUACACUAACCCGUACAACUGCAAAGUGAGGGCCCUGGCCUUCAACAACAACCACAAGGAGCUUGGUGCAGUGUCCCUGGAUGGCUAUUUUCACCUUUGGAAGGCAGAGCAAAACUUGAGCAAGCUGCUGUCAACGAAGCUGCCUCACUGCAAGGAGAAUGUGUGUCUGGCGUAUGGUGAGGACUGGUCGGUGUACGCAGUGGGCUCUCAGGCCCAUGUGUCCUUCCUGGACCCCCGCCAGCCCACUCACAACAUCAAAUCAGUCAGUUCCCGGGAGAGAGGAAGCGAGGCAACACGAGGUAUCCGCUCUGUGAGUUURUAUGAGCACAUAGUGACAGUGGGCACGGGACAAGGCUCCCUGCUGUUCUAUGAUAUCAGAGCCCAGAGGUUCUUGGAGGACCCUUCCAGCCCGGCCGGCGGGUUCCGGCAGCGCCCAGGAGAGGGCAUUCUUAAACUCACCACAGGGAAYGGCUGGCUGAAUCACGACGAGACGUGGAGGAGCUACUUCUCGGACAUUAACUCGUUCCCCAACGCUGUGUACACACACUGCUACGACGACUCUGGCACCAAGCUGUUUGUGGCCGGCGGACCACUGUGCUCGGGCCUUCACGGCAACUACGCAGGACUCUGGAGCUAGCCUUCUCUCAUGUCUCGCCAUCUCUCCUUACCCAACCCCAGUCCCCCUCUCUGCUCCUCCUUUUGGUGUUACACUCACUCAGUCAUCCCUUCAGUGUUGUCCCUCCCUCCCUCACCAACAUGUAUCUCGUCACCAUCUCUUUGUUGCAUCCCUCCAUCCUCCCUUGUACUUUGUCCUGUCUUCUUUCAGUUCCCUAGUCUCUGCUCCCCCUUUCAGUUCCCCAUCAAUAUAUAUUGAUGAUUAACCAGUGAUGUUGUAGCGAGCUGGGAGGUCUGCCUCUAAGAAACUCAAAUGAAAGUGUAACGUUUUAUUACAAUUUUCAACAGUUACAUACACUCCAUGGAUUGAACAGUUUUUUUUUAUUUUUUUUGUUUUUUUCCUUUCCCCUAAGGAAAGUUGUUUAUUUUGCUUUCAGAUGCCCUACUGGCAUCGACAGUUUCCUUGCGUGGACAUUCGGGAGACUUUUUCCCCUUCCCUUCUCUCUCUGAAAAAAAAAGUGGUGUGAUAUAAAAGAGGACAAUAAGUUCUUAAGGCUGGAACAAACAGGAGAGUACUUACACUUUUCUAAGAAAUGUAGAGAGGACAUGCUCAUUGGCUGGUAUGGGACCACUCUGUGCCAUGGCAACUAAAGAGCCGUAGCGAUGGAAAAACGAUCCAAUCAGACCUGAGGUGAGAAGAAGCAGUGGAUGAGUACAACCAA